GAAAUGUUAUUUUUAUUUUUUUGUUACUAGGCCUAUGCAACGCAUGCAUUUCUAAUGUAGUGAGUAUGAAGAGUGGGGUUGUGUGCGUGAGUUAUGCCUGUGUAGGUGCCGCCUGUAGUCAUUUCCUAGUUCAGGCCCGACCCGCUUGCAACACAAUGUGAGCGGGUCCUAACAUUACGCGGGAAUUUUAAAUAUAGAACUGAUUUUUUAAUUCGAACCCGGGAGUGGACAGUGGCAUGUGCAAAAUAACCAGUUAUUUUUAGUUAAGUGAAAAAUAACGAGUGUUAUAACAGUGAUUUUGGAUUGUUCGGUAAAGAUUCAGUAUGUUUUAAGGAUGACAUAGUAUACGGUAACAAGUGUGAACAAUAAAAAACAGUGCCUUAUAUGUUUUAAAGGGAAAGUGAUUUUUAAAACUUCACCACGGAGACAAAAUGCCAAAAAACUUGUUGCUAUUCAAGAAGUUAAUACCCGAAAUAAACUUUGCAAAAAGAAACUUGACCGUUUUUAGCCGGAACAUUAUAUAUAUCAGUUAACUGGUGCUUAAAAUUAAGUUGAACAAUCGUGCCAUAAUCAUAUGGUAAAAAAGUUGCCUUAACGACAAAGUCGAAAACCAUCUAAGAGAAACACCAAACACAGUGAUAGUAGAAUAAUGCGAAUGCGAUUCGCACAGUGGUCGAAGAUAACCUGAACCCUAGACAAAAAAAAAGUUUUUUUUCAAGUUUUUUGAAAAUGAAUAAUAGUCAGUUCCACGAACUUUUUGGAUCGCAAUGGCCCCCUGAUCAGCAUGGAGGUCAUUCGUCAGCAACUACGAUGCUGCAUCCUACACUGCCACAGGGGAUGCAGCUGAAACGAGAACCCCAUACUGAUGUGAUGCAUAACCAGAUGGGGAUGGGGAUGCAGGAUAUCUCAGGUUCUGUGGCUGACAGCACCUCCCCCCCGCCGGGGAGCAGCGAUGGGAUGUUCGGGUCCUCUAUGAACACUAUGUUUAUGGAUAAGAAAGCGGCUAAUUCUAUACGAGCCCAAAUCGAGAUCAUCCCUUGCAAGGUGUGUGGGGACAAGUCAUCAGGGGUGCACUACGGAGUCAUCACAUGCGAGGGCUGCAAGGGCUUCUUCAGGCGGUCCCAGAGCACAGUGGUGAACUACCAAUGCCCCCGCAAUAAGGCGUGCGUGGUGGACCGGGUGAACCGCAACCGGUGCCAGUACUGCCGGCUGCAGAAGUGCCUCAAGCUGGGGAUGAGUCGUGAUGCGGUCAAAUUCGGUCGUAUGUCAAAGAAACAGCGUGAGAAAGUGGAAGACGAGGUCAGAUACCACCGAGCCCAGAUGCGGGCCCAGACAGACGCAGCACCGGACUCGGUGUACGACGCACAGCAACAGACCCCGAGCUCAAGCGAUCAAUUCCAUGGACACUACAAUGGUUACACCGGCUACCCCUCCCCAAUCUCCUCGUAUGGCUACAACAGCACGCCCCAGCUGACAUCGGGCAUGAUCCAGCCACCGGCGCAAGCGCAGACCUACGACGGAGUGCCGGCCGACACCUACGUGGACAGCACGACAUACGAACCCAAGCAGGGAGGGUUCUUGGACACGGACUUUAUUGGCCAUGACGAAAAAGGAACCACAGUCGUCCGGCCCUCAGGAUCCACAUCCACAUCCACAUCCACGGCAACCACAUCCACGACAUCCGUGCGACAGACAACCGUAAAUGAGGUCCCGCGGAGACUGCAGGACUUCGACAGAUACGAGCCGGACAGGAUCCAAUCCCCCGCCUCUAUAUCCAGCGGGGUUAUUAAUAUAAAACAGGAGAUAAAACCAGAGACGUCACUAGGAGUUGAUAAUCUGGUUGCCAGCUAUGUUGAUUCAACGACAUUCCUGCACAGUCCUUCGAAUUUACAGCACAGUCCAAUGGACAUACAUAAUUCUGUGCUAGUAAGUGGACAGAGCUCUGUUUCGCUAACUAGUGAGGAGCUAAGUCCAGAUGAUCUGACAUCCAGCAGUGGACAUGGAAGGUUGAUGGAUCCGUUGAACUUGAAUAUGAGUGGGAUGGGAAUGGUGAACCCGAACGCAGUGACGAACAGACGACAUCAGGGCUCAAGCCAUUCGAGCGACGAUCUUCCUUCGGAAGGCGACAUCAGCAAGGUUCUGGUGAAGAGUCUAGCGGAGGCCCACGCCAACACCAACCCCAAGCUGGAGUUCAUACACGAGAUGUUCCGGAAACCCCUAGAUGUCUCUAAGCAACUGUGCUACAGCUCGAUGACGUACGAGGAGAUGUGGCUAGACUGCGCGGACAAACUGACAGGGAUGAUUCAGAAUAUCAUUGAGUUCGCGAAACUCAUUCCCGGCUUUAUGAAGCUAACACAGGACGAUCAGAUCCUGCUGCUCAAGUCUGGCUCGUUUGAACUGGCGAUCGUCCGUCUCUCUCGGUUGAUCGACGUGAACAGAGAGAACGUGCUUUACGGUGACGUCGUAUUGCCCAUAAGAGAUUGUGUACACGCGCGUGACCCGCGUGACAUGGCGCUGGUGGUGGGCAUCUUCGACGCCGCCAAAACCAUCGCCCGCCUGAAGCUUACUGAGACUGAACUAGCGCUCUAUCAGAGCCUGGUGCUGCUGUGGCCAGAGCGCCACGGCGUACGCGGCAACCCGGAGAUCCAGUGCCUGUUCAACAUGUCCAUGGCAGCCAUGCGGCACGAGAUCGAGACCAACCACGCGCCUCUGAAGGGCGACGUCACAGUACUCGACACACUUUUAGCGAAGAUACCAACUUACAGAGAACUCUCCCUGAUGCAUCUGGAAGCGCUGUGCCGCUUCAAGGCCGCGCACCCCCACCACGUGUUCCCCGCGCUCUACAAGGAGCUCUUCUCUCUAGACAGCGUGCUCGACUACCACAUCUAAACGGGUACACGCCGUAUAACUAUGUACCCCUUCGUGUAAUUCUGUACGCGUCGUGUGCAUGCAGUAGAAAUAGCAACGGGUACAUAUUAAAACGGAUAUACGUACAAUCGUGUAUAAGAUUAAAACGUGUAUGCCUUGGUGUAAAUGUGUGCACGUCGGAAGUGUACGCGGUACAAAACGGGUACGUUUCGUAUAAUUGUGUACACGGAUGUGACGUGUACGUAGAUAUGGAUCUCUGCCCAUUGCCCUGCGACGACGUAUUUUCUGUCAAAUGACAGCUUUAGGCUCCGCUUGACUAAAGAUACCUAAACGUUAUUUGUUAACCUAUUUAUAAUUGUAUGUAUGUACUUUGAGACUGUUACAAUGAUAUUUACGUAUAGGUACGUACGUACAAUAUUAAUAUUUAAAUGUUUAUUUAAUUCUCAAAUUUAAUCUAGGGACAUGUAGGUAUCUUUAGUUUCGCCUUAAACCGGAAUUUGUAUUUUUUAUUUGUUAUGUUUAUGUUAUACAUAGCAAAUUAUAAUGUAGAUACGAACACUGGUUUCGUUGCCUGUAUAAAAGUACAUAAUAAUACAUUCCAUUAUAUGUUUUAUUGUGUAUUUUGUAUAAUGGCGUGUCGUAAUAUAAUUAUCAUAAAGUGUAUCUAACUUGGAUAAAGAAAUAAUAAUUAUUAUUAUAAAAAUAUAAUAAUAGUAAUAGAGUUUUUAUUAAGAAAUAAAUAAAGAAGUUAUAACGGUGUAGCAAGAUGUAGAUCACACAACAGUUUUUUUAAUGAAACCCUUAUGAGUAGGUCUUUUAUAUUAAUUUUAACAGUUUUUUUUUAAAGAGAAUUGUAACUUGUUAUUUAUUUCAAAUGAUUAUUAUUAUUGAUGUUUUGUCUUCGAUGUAGAUUGUCGGUUAUUUUGUAAAAUAGGAAUACACGAUACUGCCCCUUGUUAUAAGUUUACGUUCGCUUAUUGAGACUUUCUUGUAUUUAUACCUAAUGUACCUUUUAAAGGACAUGGCCAAAAAUAUAAAUAAAACAAAUACUGAAACGUGAAAAUAAGACAUUUAUCGAAAUGCAUACGGCAAUCGGAAAUGAAAAUAGAAUCGCAUUUUGACUUUUAUUGAAGAUAUAAUUAUUAAUAUUUUUGACCAUGUCUAAAAACACGAGGUAUGAUAAGGCGUUGUAAUAAUUCAAGAAUAAUAAUGUAAUUUAAAAUAAUAAUAAGUUUGGAUUGUAACGUAUUAUUACGCGGUGCAUUGAACAAAAUUACAGUCGAACAUUUUUUAAUAAUAAAACAAAAUUUGUACGGACAAAAUUAGUUUUCGUAUAUUAGCAGGCAAUUUAUUCUUGUAGAAUAAAUUUGAUCUCAUUUUUUGCACUUUUCUUCGCCUUGGUGCCAUGUCUGAUUUGAUUGACUGCAUAAUAAUUAAAUAUAAUAGUUGCAUUAAUAAUUAGUACAAUCAUCAAAAGUACAUUUUUAAUACGUAAUUUUUUUACAUUAUUUUCGAAGUUUUUUUUUUACCGCUGUACGUAUUUUUUACAAUUGCCUGCUAAAUCAAUUAGAUGUAUUAAUAAUCAUCAAUUUUCUAACACUUACGCUAAGUUUUGUCAAAUAGCCUUUACUAUAGACUGGUUUAUAUUAAUGUUAAAAGAAGUAUAAAUCUUAACUCGUAUUUUGUAAAUAGCUAUUAAUCGUAUAUUAUGUAUUUUAUAUUCAAUAUUAUAAGGUUCGAUGGGUUAUUUUUAAUUUUACAUUCUAUUAAAAAAAACAAUUGUUCCACAAAGACGAGAGUCUUCAAGAUCACGUGAAUACAUUGUUUUUCCUUUCUAUAUAUUAUAUAUUUUUUGUUAAAUAAAGCAAUCUGUUAUUGUCUAUAAUUUUUUUGUUUUAUUUUACUUUGCGUUCCUUUUUUGACAUAUAUCACGCAUAUACUUUUCUCCGAUUAAGCUAUUAAGGUUAAUCAUAAAUAAAUAGUGAGAACAUAAUAUAAUGAUAAAAUAUACGGGUGGUUCAAAGUUUAAUUUUAUAAUACAUAUAUAACUAGUGGAUAUAUAUUUUUUAUUUCGAUUAUAAUGGUACAUCAAACAAUAAUAUCACUGUUGAGGCUUUGCAUUAAAUAAGAUAUAUUUCCAUGUUUCAAAUACGUCAUUUUCAUGAUAAUACACAAUUAAUUUAGGCGAGUAAACUAGGCGCACAUAGUCUGUUUGUGUCAUGUUUUAGCUUUCGAGUUAAGGCGGGAUUCCAUCAGUGUGCGGCACAAGCAUUUUUGUACUGAAUAUGCUUGUGCCACACAGUGCGCACACUGGUGGAAACGCGCCUUUAGAAAAAUAAUUUUAAAAGUCGAUUAAUUAUAAGAAAUAACGUUUUUAGAACACUAAGACUGAAAAAAUUGGCUGAAAUUUCGCGCAUGCCUAAACACGAAAUCCGAAUCAUGUCAAAUGAAAAUAUGAAUUUGGUAAAAAAAUAUAAAAAGUGCAAAAAAAUGUACUUUAGUUUUUAAGCGUUUUACGCUAGGCCGUUCCUUUUUCGUCUGAUUAAUUGCAAUGUUAUUUAUCUACAAUUAUGUUGCAACCGACAAAAAUACAGUUAUUUUGACGUCAUUUCUUAUUUUCAAUUUUUUUGCAAUAUGUUUUUUUUAUACUUUGCUAAAAUAUUUACGAGUUUCUCAUUUAUAAUAAUUUUAAAUUUAGUCAGAAUCAGUUGAAGUCGGUUGUCUUUUGGUAAAAAUGUAUACAUAUAUAUAUUUCGCAACUCCUUGUAUCCUUUAAAUUUUUUUUACUGGAAAUUGCGAUGGACAAAAACGGCGAGGUAUUCAAAAACAUUGUUUUUUUUUUUAACUUGACGGAAAUGGAAAAAAGGCCAAAAUGAACAGAAUGUACUUUGAAGUGGUUCUCUCAUUUUCUUGAUCCCGAAUUAACUUCUCCCAUACGUCCUCCUUCAUGUCUAUUCUUGAUUUUUACACUUUGCGAUUGGUGCAACUUGAAGCCAGACCAUAGAGAAAUACAAGUACAUACAUGUUUUUCUCUAUGGCGAGAUGGAUAACUUCUCUCUUUCGCACAUAUAGAGGGAUGUUAGUGCGAUAGUGAUAGAUAUAGGGUAAACGUUUUAAUUGCUGGGUAGUUUUUAUUAGAUAUUUCUAAAACUUUUGUACUAUGUUUUGCUAAAUUUUCACUAAAACUAUAUAUAGAUUUGGACACAUGGAUAGUUUUAGCGUAUUGGCAAAAAAAUGUGUGGUAAAAGGAAAAUCUGGUGGUUGAGUGUGUGUAUCGAUUAGUUUUUUAAGUUUUGGUGUCGAUUUUUUUUAAAGAGAUUUUCUAUUUUAUACUUAAAGCAUUAAAGGUACCUUCGGCGAAACGGGUAUCGCGGUAAUCACGUUUUGUACCUUGUUUUCUAAAAGAUGAUUUAUAUUAUCAAAAUAUUGAUUUGUUAAUGGAGUAUUAAGUAUUUUUACACAUUACCUGAAUUAAAGAGAAACAAAUAUAAAAACAUAUAUCUAUGUAAAAAUCAGAAUAUAAAAAAAAACAUAUUUUGCAUGUUUAAAUUGACAGGAAACUGAAUUGGACAUAAUUUCCUGUGAGAUUCAUUCCAGUGGCAGUGAAAUGACAGUUUUCUGUCAGUUUGAACUAAAGCUUUGUUGAUUUAUAACUCAAUACAAACAAUUGUACCUAAAAAGUAGAAAAAUGGAGUUUGAGAACCAAUAGUGAAUAAAUGUUAAAUUGUUUUUAUUAUUCUCGAAUCACUUGCAA